CGCAUCUCGCCGCCGGUGCCGCCGGGGUCGGUCCCGGUCCCGGUACCAGCAGGGAGGUGCGGGCUCACCCCGCCCCGCGGCUCCGAGAGGGGCUGCCUGGCACCGUCACGGCUGAGCCGCCUCCUCCUCUAAUCCCCGCAGACCGCGGGAGCCCGAGGAGCUGCCAACAGGAGUUGCUCGCUCCGUGCUGACUCGGCUUUCCCUGCUUCCACUCUGGAGGAGAUGGGUCGCAAGGAAGAGGAGGACAGCAGCUCCUGGAAGAAACAGACGAGCAACAUCCGAAAGACAUUCAUUUUCAUGGAGGCCCUGGGAUCAGGAGCCUUUUCAGAAGUGUUCCUAGUGAAGCACAGGAGCACUGGCCAGCUCUUUGCUCUGAAGUGCAUCAAGAAGUCUCCUCUGACAAGGGACAGCAGCUUGGACAAUGAAAUAGCAGUCUUGAGAAAAAUAAAGCACGAAAACAUUGUGACUUUAGAAGAUAUUUACGAGAGCACAACCCACUACUACCUGGUCAUGCAGCUGGUGUCUGGGGGGGAGCUUUUCGACCGAAUUUUGGAACGAGGCGUUUACACCGAGAAAGAUGCCAGCGUGGUGAUCCACCAGGUCCUGACAGCAGUGAAGUAUCUGCAUGAGAAUGGAAUAGUUCACCGAGACCUGAAGCCUGAAAACCUUCUUUACCUUACUCCUGAAGAGAACUCCAAAAUCAUGAUCACAGACUUUGGCUUGUCGAAAAUGGAGCAGAAUGGCAUCAUGUCCACUGCCUGUGGGACUCCAGGAUAUGUUGCCCCUGAAGUGCUCGCCCAGAAACCAUACAGCAAAGCUGUGGACUGCUGGUCCAUUGGAGUCAUCACCUACAUCCUGCUCUGUGGGUACCCCCCCUUCUACGAAGAGACCGAGUCCAAACUGUUUGAAAAGAUCAAGGAAGGCUACUAUGAGUUUGAGUCACCAUUUUGGGACGAUAUCUCAGAGUCAGCCAAGGAUUUCAUCAGACAUUUGCUGGACAAAAACCCCAACACGAGGUUCAGCUGUGAAGAGGCCCUUCGACACCCCUGGAUUAAUGGAAAUACAGCCCUGCACCGUGACAUCUACCCAUCUGUCAGUGCUCAGAUUCAGAAAAACUUUGCAAAGAGCAAAUGGAGGCAAGCCUUCAAUGCUGCAGCCGUGGUGCACCACAUGAGGAAGCUCCACAUGAACGGUCACGCAGCAGCCGAAAGCUCCCUCUCCAUUACACGAGACUCAGAGGUGUCCAGACCCAGCACACCCACCACAGCCACCCAGCCAGCAACACCCAGCCAAGAAAAGGACACAUCACUCCCUCUGGUUCCCAUGCAGGGAUGCCCAAACCCCCACACUCAGCUGGAGCAAGACACAGGAAUGAGAGAAGAAAAGCUGCAAAGUCCCUUGAAGAACAGGUCUGUGCCCACGGGCAGCAGCCCAGUCCUGCAGGAUAACCACAGCACACCAACCAGAACUUCUUGUGGCUGCAACCCAGCCUGUGUGGGGCAUGAGAAAACAAAGAUGUCCUUCUGCUCCGAGACUGUGCUGCUUAAAAAAUCUUCAAAAUCCCAUCAUUUCAAAUCAGAAGUUCUUGUUCCAAUGAAAACUGGCAAACACUCUUCUCACUGUGGCACUGGGCAAACUGGAGUGUGUUUGAUCAUGUGAUGAGGAGGCAGCCACCGGGCUCCCCGCAUGGCCAGUGACACAGAAGGGCUGUUUUACUCUUUCCUGCACUUCAAAGCCAGACAUCAACAGUGCUCGUCAGAACUGGGCUCUGUCCCGCCCGGAGGGGGCGGCAGCAGCGCCGGGAGCAGGGCCCGAGCAGCACCUCUGUCCCAGGAAUCCAUCAG